AUGGUUGACAUAUUACGACAAAGGUCGCUCGUUGAAAAAGUUUUCGUCUCACCUUCCAGCAGCGUAAAAGAAAGUUUUUAUAAACGAGACUUUAAUGAUCAAGAUAUUUUAUCGGAAUUAGAUCAAGUUAAUGGAAAUACUCAAGAUUUUUUAACUUUUAUUCAAGAAAAUGAUAAAGUUUGCGUCGUUGCAUUGGAUUAUGCAGGAUUCACCACCAGCAAAAACAAUCCCAAAUUGCAAAAAAUUAUCAUUGACUUGUAUUUCUACGAAAAUCAAUUCAAAGUUUUUGACAGAGAGCAAUUAUUGAAUAAUGUGAACGACUUAAAACUAUUCAACUGUCGUCCUAAUUACAGACAACGAAGUAAAUAG